GCGCCCGCCGCCCGGCCUCCGACGACUUUGCCGCCCGCUCCGCGGCUCUUUGUCUCCGCUCGGGGCGGGCGCCCGACUCUGGGAUUUCGCUGCGAGAGCGAGCUGGGGGGGCCGGGGGCGAGCUCUCGGUUUCCCGGCCGCCCCCCGCUCGGGCUCGGCUCCCCCCUCCCCCGCACCUCCCCGGCCCGGGCUCUCGGCGCUUCCAAGCUCUCGGAAUCACGACCCCUCCCUGCCAUGUAUCCGCAAGGGAGACAUCCGGCUCCCCAUCAGCCCGGGCAGCCCGGAUUUAAAUUCACGGUGGCUGAGUCUUGUGACAGGAUCAAAGACGAAUUCCAGUUCCUGCAAGCUCAGUAUCACAGCCUCAAAGUGGAGUACGACAAGCUGGCGAACGAGAAGACCGAGAUGCAGCGCCAUUAUGUGAUGUACUAUGAGAUGUCCUAUGGCUUGAACAUCGAAAUGCACAAGCAGACGGAGAUCGCCAAGAGACUGAACACGAUUCUAGCGCAGAUCAUGCCUUUCCUGUCACAAGAGCAUCAGCAGCAGGUGGCGCAGGCGGUGGAGCGCGCCAAGCAGGUCACCAUGACGGAGCUGAAUGCCAUCAUCGGGGUACGUGGACUCCCCAGUCUGCCUCUCACCCAGCAGCAGCUCCAGGCGCAGCACCUGUCCCACGCCACACACGGGCCCCCCGUGCAGCUGCCGCCCCACCCGUCAGGCCUGCAGCCUCCAGGGAUCCCCCCGGGGACGGGGAGCAGCUCUGGGCUGCUGGCGCUCGGUGCACUGGGCAGCCAGGCCCACCUGGCCGUGAAGGAUGAGAAGAACCACCAUGAACUUGACCACCGAGAAAGGGAAUCCAGCACGAAUAACUCGGUGUCACCUUCGGAAAGCCUGCGAGCCAGCGAGAAGCACCGGGGCUCUGCCGACUACAGCCUGGAGGCCAAGAAGCGCAAGGCGGAGGAGAAGGACAGCCUGAGCCGAUAUGACAGCGAUGGGGACAAGAGUGACGAUCUGGUGGUGGAUGUUUCCAAUGAGGACCCAGCAACGCCCAGGGUGAGCCCGGCACACUCCCCCCCUGAAAAUGGACUGGACAAGGCCCGGGGCCUGAAGAAAGACGCCCCCACCAGCCCUGCCUCCGUGGGCUCCUCCAGCAGCACGCCUUCCUCCAAGACCAAAGACCUCGGUCACAAUGACAAAUCGUCCACCCCGGGGCUCAAGUCCAACACACCGACUCCCAGGAACGAUGCCCCGACUCCAGGCACCAGCACCACCCCGGGGCUCCGCUCCAUGCCGGCCAAACCUUCAGGCAUGGACCCAAUAGCCUCCGCCCUGCGCACGCCCAUCUCCAUCACCAGCUCCUACGCGGCACCGUUCGCCAUGAUGAGCCAUCACGAGAUGAACGGCUCGCUCACCAGCCCCGGCGCCUACGCCAGCCUCCACAACAUCCCGCCCCAGAUGAGCGCCGCCGCUGCCGCUGCCGCCGCCGCCUAUGGCCGAUCGCCCAUGGUGAGCUUUGGCGCUGUUGGCUUUGACCCUCACCCUCCGAUGCGGGCUACGGGCCUGCCCUCAAGCCUGGCCUCCAUUCCUGGUGGAAAACCCGCGUAUUCCUUCCACGUGAGCGCCGACGGGCAGAUGCAGCCCGUGCCCUUCCCCCACGACGCCCUGGCGGGCCCCGGCAUCCCCAGACACGCCCGGCAAAUCAACACGCUCAGCCAUGGGGAGGUGGUAUGCGCCGUGACCAUCAGCAACCCCACGCGGCACGUCUACACCGGCGGCAAGGGCUGCGUGAAGAUCUGGGACAUCAGCCAGCCGGGCAGCAAGAGCCCCAUCUCCCAGCUAGACUGCCUGAACAGAGAUAACUACAUCCGCUCCUGCAAGCUGCUCCCCGACGGGCGCACGCUCAUUGUGGGCGGCGAGGCCAGCACGCUCACCAUUUGGGACCUGGCCUCCCCCACGCCGCGCAUCAAGGCCGAGCUGACGUCCUCGGCGCCCGCCUGCUACGCCCUGGCCAUCAGCCCCGACGCCAAAGUCUGCUUCUCCUGCUGCAGCGAUGGAAACAUCGCCGUCUGGGACCUGCACAACCAGACCCUGGUCAGGCAGUUCCAGGGCCACACGGAUGGGGCCAGCUGCAUAGACAUCUCCCACGACGGCACCAAGCUGUGGACCGGGGGCCUGGACAACACUGUGCGCUCCUGGGACCUGCGGGAGGGCCGGCAGCUGCAGCAACAUGACUUCACCUCUCAGAUCUUCUCGCUCGGUUACUGCCCCACGGGGGAGUGGCUGGCCGUGGGCAUGGAGAGCAGCAACGUGGAGGUGCUGCACCACACCAAGCCCGACAAGUACCAGCUGCACCUGCAUGAGAGCUGCGUGCUCUCCCUCAAGUUCGCCUACUGCGGCAAGUGGUUUGUGAGCACUGGGAAGGACAACCUCCUGAACGCCUGGAGGACGCCCUACGGAGCCAGCAUUUUCCAGUCUAAAGAAUCCUCGUCCGUCUUGAGUUGUGACAUUUCGGCGGAUGACAAAUAUAUUGUAACGGGCUCCGGCGACAAGAAGGCCACCGUUUAUGAGGUCAUCUACUAGGCGAGGACUCUAACAGGGCUGUCAGACCCUGGGAGAAGCCCACUGGGCUCUGGCAGGGAGACCCCGGGCGCCGGCCCCAAGUGGCAGAGGAGGGGCUGCUCACAGCCGAGCGCUGGAGGCUACGCUCUCGCACCUGAGCGCAUGCGUGCCCGGCCUGGUGUGGACUCCUGGGCACGGAUGGGCAUGUCUCGCGGGUGGAUGGACUCUCCUCUCCUCCUCCUCCCCUCACCACCACUGACAGAUGCUACAAAUAGAUUUCUUUUUGGAGGUUUAUGGCUCCAGUCCCCCAGAUGUCCCCAUGAAUGUCUCUUCUGUCCCCUGUCUUUGGAGCUGUCCCCCUGCCUGCCCUGGGCUGGGGGGCACUGUGAAUGGACCACAUUUGCCGGGCUAGGGGAGGGGGGCUCUUGUACCCUUGUGUGCAGGGCACAAGGUUUGUGAAAAGUGUAAAUAAGAGUUGUUGGGCAGCCGGGCAGCGGGCAGGAGGCCCCUCCCCGCCCGGCUCCGGCCACGUCCUCGCCUGCUGUAUCUGUAGCCUGCUCUGGUGGGGCUUCGUCUUUUUUUAAACAGGAGUUCCCACCUGGGGAGGGGAGCCACUUGAGGAGGGGGUGGGAUGGGGAGAAGCAGCUUGGGCUAGGGGAGGGACCUGCCCCCUAUGGCCCACUGGAGUGAGCUUGUUCCCUGUGAGCUGGGGUGUCUGGGCUGAGUGACAGACAGAGGGGCAGGAUGGUUGGUGGACAGUCCCGAGACAGGGCCGACGCCCCCCAGAGGCAGCCAGGUGUCCCAGGUCCCCUGUGCUAACCCACCCUCUCCCGCCCUCUGCCUCCCACGGCCUCAGCCCCUCCUCUUUCUCUUUGGUGCCCUCUCCACGAUUGGGAUGAGAAGUGCAAGUUCAAAGGCACUCGCUCCCCGCCCGGCUCGGCCUGCGGAGGACACAGAGGUAGGAAAGGCCUCGCAGCUCAGCUCAGGGAGCGGCCAGAGACGAGUUACAGCUGGCGGGGUGCUUUUUUUUUUUUUUUUAAUUUGAAUAAAAAGAAUGAGAAGUUCUGUCCUUUUAUAUAAAAUGCCUUCUGCCCCUUCCCUCUCCCCCUGGAGGGGAAAUCUGUUAACCCACAGGGUUGCCAGCCUGAGCCCUGAUGCCCCUCCCCGACCUGGGCGGGGCCGGGGGUGGGGCCGAGGUCCUUGGCGCACCAAGUGCUAACUCCUUGCAGCUGUCAGUCUCACGGGCCCAAACAGGUUGCAGUGGGGUUCCGAAACAUUCUGAGGUAUUGGGAUUUUGUUUGUUUCUUUGGGUCUUUUUUUUUCUUCUUCUUCUUCUUUUAAAGAGAAGCUAAAGGCCGUCGAGAGCCCUGGGGUGGGUUCUCUGUGGAUGUAGCAUAUGGAAGAUAAUUUUUAUACCGCAUUUUUAUGGAUUAUUUUAUAACGUGUGGUCUGCCUAGGGAGCAGGUGGGGAGGGCCCUGGGACAACUGCGGGCGGCCGAUGCUGCCGGCACCUGUCUGGGCGUGAUGUGGAGGUGGGCACGUGGGCACCCAAAGUCUGGAGCGCUCUCUGGGUCUAAGAUGUGUGUGUCGGCUGCCUCUUGUUAAGGCUCGAACCGGAAGGGAGGGCGAGGGUAGAAAAAAAAACCUUAUUCCUGAAGAAGAGAAAAAGAAAAUGCAAAGUCAUUGUUAUGAGCUGUUUUUAUAUUUUUAAAAGUUCCUAUUUAAAGGUUGG